ACUCGACUAUAACCACUCCUUCAGAUCAGGGCUUUGAGAUGGCGGCUUGCAACAAGCCUCUUGCACCCAGCUGAGGCAUCCAACUGCGAGGCAGAUGAUGACGAGGUGAUGGAGCUUCAUGAGCUGAGUGAGACAACCACUGGAACAACAACCGCCUCUACCAUGACAGCCGCCCCCUCAUCAACCGCUCACAGCAGCUCUAGUGAAGAUGAUGACGAAGGGGAGUUGGCAAAGCCCUUAAAUGAUAAUGUCCAGUUUCAUGAUGUUAAAGAUGCCAAAUCAACCAUCUACGUCAAAACUACCCAAUACGAUGAGGGAGAUUCGGUUUUAAGAGCCAGUGCGGUUACAUACCUGAGUGGAGUAGUGAUACAUUAUGUGCAAAAAAAGUUUGACUGUGCUGUUUGUGCAAAAUAUAUGUGCAAGGAGAACACCGUACUGGAACGCAGUGACGAACUAUUCGUCUACUUCAAGGCAUAUGAUUCAAAAAUUGCGACUGAUUUUGGAGGUCUGAAGGUUCCUUCAGAAGAAUUCAGAUCAGUUAUUGACAUAUGUCUAACUAUCUUGUCUAACUAA